AUGCGGCCCACUAACCAAGUCCCCGAGUUCAUCCAGAUGCUUCCACAAGACCCCCAUCUGCAGGAGACGGAGGGCGACUCGAAAACGCCCUCGAUGGAGAAAGAACAGCCUACGACUUUCCACACCGUUUACACAAAACCGCAGAGACUGCGACGUUUCGAAUACCUUCCCCUGGCUGGCCAUAUCUUCUUGGCCAUUUUCCCCAUACUCUUCAUUGCACUCGCCGCGACUGCCAUUGCUCUGGACAAGAAGGAGACUUCCCACGCUGGAAAGGUCGUGCAGCAAAUCAUAACUGCAUCACCUACGCUAUUCCCAAUCAUCUUCGCUGGAAUCGUCGGCCACUUUUUCCGGGCUUUGGGCUUGUAUUGGGCUGAACGUGGAAUCAAGAUCGGAGUCUUGGAGCGUCUCAUCGGCUCCCAGUCUCUCUUCGCAACCUUGGAAAGGCAGAUCUUGCUACAGGACCAAUAUGCGCUUGGACUCGCGAUGAUCUUGGUAUGGGCACUUUCGCCUCUUGGGGGGCAAGCAGCCCUGAGACUGCUCUCUAUAGUGCCCCGAAAGGAAACAAUAGACGCGACGAUCCGAUACCUGCCGAUUGCAGCAGCCCGUGAAAGCGCCAUGUUGGGCGCAAGCACGAUGACCUCAACUUGGCCAAUAUUCGCGUCGCUGUUCAUGACAGGGCUGACAACGUCGAAGUUGCAGCAGAACGAAACGAUGGAUCUAUUCGGCAAUGUCAGAGUGCCGGUGGUUGCCUCUGGUGCCGAGGAGAAUGUGUGGAGUACGAUUGACCGCGGCCAGCAAGUCUCCUACUCGUCGAUGCUGGGGAUCCCCGUUGUUGGCGUCCCGGCCUCUGGCAACACCUCAUUCAACAUGGUCAGCCGAUAUUUCGGCAUUGACUGCACCCAGUCAUCCGUUUUGGUCAACGCCACCGUGUUCAAGAACAAUUCCGAUGGCGUGGGCGCUGGCUAUUCAGUUUAUAGCAAAGGUGCCAAUUUCGUUGUCCAGCCUACUCGUCCAACAGGUACCUUGUUGGUCACUGAUAACUCCAUCGACUUCAAUGUGACGGCCAUGAACAGCGAUGAUUCCUCCGACUGCAGCUUUCUCAAAUGCUCUUUAAAGGGCCAGUAUGUUGAAUCAUCGGUCUCUUGCAUCAAUCGAGCCUGCCAGGUCGAAUCUCUUCGCAAGGUCGCGGCCGACCAGGACUCGUUUGUACCCUACAGCGCUGUUUCAAAUGCCCUUGUCUUUCUGCCCCUAAUCACCGUUGGAUCGAUAUCACAUGGAUCUAGAAUGUCCAGCUCUCUGGUUGAGAAGUGGCUCGAGAAGCCUUACACGAACGUGUAUGGGGAGGGCACGUAUUCAUUUGCUAAUCUAUCUGCACUUCCACUCCCAACGCUGAGUAGGAACCUCGAAGUCUUAUUCAACACAUACUGGCAGUCGACCUAUGGGCAGGAAUAUGUGUAUGGCAAUCUGACUGCAGAUAUGAGCCUAUACAAUAACAUCACCAACGCGGUUCCCAAUUUUGCCCCUACGGAUUUCAAUACUACCGAAACCACGAUAACGCACCAAGUCGGAGAGGAAUACAAGUGCAAUAUGACAUUUGCCGCUCUUCUCAUCCUCAUCUCUUGCAUCCUGUUCUUCGCCGCAGUAUCAUCGAUCAGUUUGAUGUUCAACACCCUGGCGCCAGAUAUUCUGGGAUACGUGUCUUCGUUCACGAGAGACAAUCCGUACAUUAGGGCAACAGAGCAGCAAGCUUCUCACUGGGAUGGACUGGAAAGGUCAAGGGCGAUGAGAAACGUCAAGGUUACGCUCGGAGACGUUCGUUCUGAUCUCGACACGGGUUAUAUUGCUCUCGCGGAGAGUCAGGAGGUUCAGCGGUUGAAGAUGGAUCGGCUGUAUCAUUAA